CAUUAGCGCCGCGCGCGGUGUGGAGGCGCAGCGCAACUACAGCUCACUGCGGCUCCGGGACACAGCUGCAGAGUAAACACCGAGUAAACACCGAAUAAACACCGAGUAAACACCGAGUAAACACCAUGACAGCACGAAAAUCCGGCUCGCGAAUAGAGACAGAAAUAGAGAGGUGUCGCUCAGAGGGACAGUGGGAUAAAAUCCCCGAGCUCGUGCGGCAGCUUUCUGCUAAACUCAUUUCAAUCGAUGAUGUGGGUGAGUUGUUAUUAGGUGAAAUGAAGCUGCAGCAGUUCCUGAAGGAGAAUCCACUGAAGCAGAACUGCAGCCCCCGAGCAGCUCGUCCGCCGCUGACCGAGGCCCGCACACACCUCACUAACGCCCUACAGCGCGGGAACCUCCGGCCGGAGCUGCAGCAGGAGGCGAACGUGCUGAUGGGGAAGUUGUGUUAUGUGGAAGCCAACUACAGCGAGGCCCUUACUCACUUCAGCCGUGUGAACUUGGACGAUAUGCAGCUGAGCAGCGCUCCAAUUUACCGCCUGGCCAUGAUCGCUGAAGCCUAUGCCACCAAGGGUUUGUGUCUGGAGAAGAUGUCCACCUCCUGUCCACCAUCCAGCGCUGAGCGAGAUCAGGAGAUCAUCACCUGCUACGAGAAGUCUGGAGAUAUCGCUCUGCUCUACCUGCAGGAAGCCGAGAAGGCUCUAAGCGCCGGAAUGCAGAACCGCAGUCCCAAACCCGGCCCCGUCUCACAGGAACAAGAACUCGGCUUCUUUCUGGAGACGGGACUCCAACGUGCCCACGUUAUCCACUUCAAGAAUGGUAAUCUGACGUGUGGUGUCGGACGGUUUCGAGAGAUUCUCCGUGCUGUGGAAACGAGAACCACACAGAACCUUCGUAUGACCAUAGCGCGUCAGCUGGCGGAGAUCCUGCUCAGAGGGAUGUGUGAACAGAGUUAUUGGAGUCCGCUGGAGGAUCCGCCUGCACAGUCUCCGCUUGACGAACCGCAGUGUUCACACACACACACCGAGUACACACUGCCCCGCCGAGCACGCAUCUACACAGGGGAGAAUCUGUUUUGUCCUCAGGAGAACACGGAAGAAGCUCUGCUGCUGUUACUGAUUAGUGAAUCUAUGGCUAACAGAGAUGCAGUGUUGAGUCGUAUACCUGAACACAGUGCUGAUCGGGUGUUGAGUCUGCAGAGUGCGUCAGUAGUGUACGAUCUGCUCACCAUUGCUCUGGGACGACGCGGCCAGUAUGAGAUGCUCUCUGAGUGCUUGGAGAGAGCGAUGAAGUUUGCGUUUGAGGAGUUCCACCUGUGGUACCAGCUGGCGCUCUCACUGAUGGCAGCAGGAAAGUCUGCGCGGGCAGUGAAGGUGUUGAAGGAGUGUAUGCGUCUGAAGCCGGAUGAUCCCACCAUCCCUCUGCUCGCUGUGAAGCUGUGUAUAGGAAACCUGCACUGGCUGGAUGAGGGUGAGUGUUUUGCUCAGAUGGUUGUAGACAUGCAGGAUAAAGCAGCAGAGUUCAGGGCAAAGGGUUACCUCGCACUCGGCCUCGUCUACAGCCUGAAAGCCACGGACGCGUCUCUGAGGGGCGUGCAGGAGGAGUAUCAGAAGAAAGCUCUGGGAGCGUUUCAGAGAGCUCAGUCUCUUGCUCCUACAGAUCACCUGGCUGUGUUCUACCUGGCUCUGCAGCUUGCAGUGUCUCGCCAGAUCCCCGAGGCGUUGGGGUAUGUGCGUCAGGCUCUCCAGCUGCAAGGGGAUGAUGUUCACUCGCUACACCUCCUGGCUCUGCUGCUCUCCGCUCAGAAGCACUACCACGACGCCCUCAACAUCAUCGAGAUGGCCCUCAGCGAGUACCCCGAGAACUUCAUGUUGCUCUUCACUAAGGUGAAGUUGGAGACAUUGUGUCGAGGCCCUGAAGAAGCUCUGCUCACCUGUAAACACAUGCUGCAGAUCUGGAAGUCCUGCUACAACCUUACCAACCCCAGUGAUUCAGGGCGGGGCAGCAGUCUAUUGGACAGGGCCGUAGCUGAUCGGAGGCAACUGAAUGCUGUAACGCUGCCAGACUUCAGUGACCCAGAGACAGCCUCUGCCUCUUCCUCCUCUCUGAUGAUGUCACAGCCUUCAUCUCCAUCUUCUCCUUUCUUUCCUCUCUCAUCCCUCUAUCCCACCUCUCCUUUGCCCCGGAGUGACCCUGUCGGCCAUGUUUUCUGUGACCACUUCCCCCGCCGACGCCUGUCCUCUGCUAGCUCAGUGCACGCUCCGUCAGUAGCAGCAUCGCGGGUGGAGCAGGCUCUGUCUGAAGCUUCCUCCCUGCAGAGCAGCACUCCUAAACACGGACCCCUGCACCCCUGGAUGACCCUCGCUCAGAUCUGGCUACAUGCAGCGGAGGUGUAUAUUGGGAUGAUGAAGCCGGCCGAGGCGAUGGCGUGCACUCAGGAGGCAGCGAGUCUGUUCCCGACAUCCCAUAAUGUCCUGUUCAUGAAGGGCCAAGUGGCUGAGCUCAGAGGAAACCUGGAGGACGCUAAGCGCUGCUAUGAGGAAGCUCUGGCUAUAAGCCCCGCCCACAUCCGCAGCAUGCAGAGGCUGGGAGUGAUCCUGUACCAGCUGCAGAGGUUCUCGUUAGCGGAGAAGGUUCUGUGUGAAGCCGUACAGCUGUGUUCCUCGUCUCACUCCGGCUGGCACAGUCUCGCUGAGGUGCUGCAGGCGCAGGGCAACAUGGCCGCCGCCUCCGAGUGCUUCCUCACUGCGCUGCAGCUGGAGGCCAGCAAUCCCAUCAUGCCUUUCACCAUCCUGCCCCGUGCACUCUGAUGCAUGCGCACACACACACACACACACACACACACACACACACACACACCUACCUUCAAACACCGCUGUACAGUGUUACUCCUCUCUGUGUACUGAAGCUCCUAAGUGUAGUGUGUGUUCAUGUGAAGUGCUGUUCUGUAUAACACACACACACACACACACACACACACACACACACACACACAGUGUUACUAAUCCGUGAAGCAUGUGUGAGGCGCUGUGCGUUAAUGACUAUUCAUGUAUGUAAAUAUGAAAUAUAUAAUAAAUAUAUAAACACACAGGUCCUGUAUGUACUUAUGUUAGACGGGUGCAAAUAUUAAUGAACUUCCACAUCAUGUUCAUGAUAUGAUCAUAAUACUGUAUAAAAGAGUUCCGAUA